AUGAGUAGAUCUUACGUGUCCACUGAAUUUCAGAUAGCCUUGCCUCCCAAAGGUAUUCUCAUCCAUGCAGGAGUAGACUGCAGUUUCUACCUCGCCCAAACUGGUCUCAUCAGCAACCACAACGGGAUUUCAACGCGUUCCACUCCAAUCUGGAGGAGACAAUCCUUUGCAAACCUCAUUUGCGCCUCUCGAAAUCGUGGUCAACCAGAGGAUUCGUCCGGCUCUCGCCCCAGCAAUUGGCUCCUCUUGCGUCGGUUUAAUUGCGCCAGCCUCUCGCUUCUUCUUGUCAUCCACUUUUCGUCCAAAAUCACUCCUGCAAUUGUUGUACGUCAGGUGGAGGCCUUUUGCGCCUCCGUUUGA